AUGGAACUCUUUUCGUUUGUUGAUGAUUUAAAACGUAUGGAUAAGCGGCAGGCAAUCUAUCAAAUACUUAAUUUUGGUAUGAUUAUUUCAACAGCGCUUAUGAUAUGGAAAGGUCUUAUGGUAGUAACAGGCAGUGAAAGUCCUAUUGUUGUUGUACUUAGUGGUAGUAUGGAACCUGCUUUUUUUCGUGGUGAUCUUCUUCUAUUAACAAAUUAUCAGGAAGAACCUAUUCGUGCUGGUGAUAUUGUUGUAUUUCGUAUUGAAGGUCGCGAUAUACCUAUUGUUCACCGAGUUAUUAAAGUACAUGAAAAAGAUGAUGGUUAUGUUAAAUUUUUAACAAAAGGUGAUAAUAAUCAAGUUGAUGAUCGUGGUCUUUAUUCACCAGGACAAUUAUGGCUUGAAAAGAAAGAUGUUAUUGGUCGAGCACGAGGUUUUCUUCCAUAUAUUGGUAUGGUAACAAUUUUAAUGAAUGAUCAUCCUCAAUUAAAAUAUUUGGUCUUGGCUUUACUCGGUUUUUUUGUACUUAUUCAUCGUGAAAAUUAA